AUGAUGCAACCACCAUCUUCAACCGCUAUCCCUCAUUCUUCAUCUUCUUCGAUAAUAGCACCCAAUACAAUGAUGAUGGAACAGACAAUGUUUGCACCAUCAUCAUCAUCAUCAGCUUUGGCUCCUCCACCUCCACCACCUUCUUCAUUUCCUGCACUGGGUAGUGCAAUUGUGAUGAAUUCGAAUCCUCAACAACAACAACCACUUCAUCAUCACUAUUCACCCUAUCCAAUGCAUCAUCACUCAACUAGUAGUACCACAACAACACCAAAUGUUUCCACACUAGGCUUGAAUAAUAGUGGACCAAAUAAUGUAGGCCAGCAACAACAACAAUUGCACAAAUCCUCAUCACUCUCAUCCAUAAUGAAUUAUGAUCAUCCUCCAGUUUCUCCAAUUCUCUACAAUUCCACAACAAACAAUGCUACCUCAUCCUCCACUAACUAUAAUAAUGUACAAUUCAAUGUAUUUGGUCGUAAAUUAGAUCUCGAAGAGCUCUUACCAGGCUAUCCAAAUAACAAUAACAAAUCAGCCUCUCUCUAUUCCAUGACUAGGGGAUGGUAUUUGUCUAAUUUUGAAAAGAAGAAUGCUACCACCACCAACAAUGAACAACAACAGGGCAGUAUCAAUAAUACUGCACCAUCAUUAUCAAUGAAUAAUGUCAGUAAAACAAUAGAUUCAAGCUUGAGUAAUAGUAACAAUAAGGGUAUUGUAAUUAAGAAACCCAUUCAUAAUAGCCAUGUUAUUCUUCAUUACAAGUGUGGAACUGAUUUGGUGAAUCGUAGAGGAAGAUUCAAAGAUAAGAAGAAUCUCAUUCAAGAAUUGAAAGAUUGGUGUAAAAAGUGUAAAGAGAGAAAGAGAGAAGAACAACGUGUGAGAGAUCAACAAGAGGAAUUUUUAUGUAAAGAAAGUGUUUUAUAA